AUGAGGUCAGGAAGCCUGCCUCCCAGCUCCAGCAUCCAGGGUGGUACCACCCCGGGCUGCCUCCCGCCCCCAGGGGGGGGGGUAGGGGCGAUCUCCCGAUGGACUUUUUCCCGCUUCCAGAACAAGUCCCCGCACGGGCAGCAAUCGAACUCCCCGCAGGUGUAUGCCCCGCCCGAGACUCGGAGCUCCGUCACGAGCACCACUCCGAUUGUCGCGCUCGCAACCAUCACCGACUCCGACCAUGUUGCUGGCGGACGGCCGGAUGCCGUGGCGGCGCCAUCGGCCCCCCCUUCCUCCCUUUCCCCCCUGGCCGGGCAGCCGGGCCUGAAGCAGCCGGCCACGUCGGCCGCCCCGCACCCGGGUGCUCGUGCUGCCCGGCAGACGGCCGCCCCCGCCCCCGCCCCUGCCCCCGGCGCCGAUGAUGAUCCGCUGGUCGCGCUGGCCACCGCGCCUGCCACCCCGUACACCGCCCCUCGGGAGGACUUCCCCGGCGGCGUCUCGACGGGCAUUGUCCGCCAUGGCGGCGGCGGCGGCGGGGACUCUGCCGGAAUCCUGCGCGCCGGCGGCGGCGGCGGCGGCGGCGGCGCUGGCCCUGGCAGCGCCUGCGACACCAGCCCCACGGGCAACACCCCGGCGCACGCCGGCGUCCCGGCCCACCCGGCGCCCGAGGCCUUCGCCCCGGCGAUGGAUAGCCUCGCCCAGCCGGAGCUCGAGACCCACCUGCGCCAGACCCUCUCGCAGCAGUACCAGCUCCUGCUCUCGACCAACCCGGAGAUCCAGUCCUCGGUCAUCCCUGUGAUCUCCCAGAUUCUGAUCAAGUCCAAGGUCAUCAACUCUCUCAACGACUUUGUCGGGUCCUACUCCGGCCUCUCGACCGAGGCGGCUGAUUCCUCGUACCAGCCAGGCGCCGGGUCCAGGCGUCCUGCCGCCGCCGGCCGGCCCCCCAUCCGGGACCCCGGCCGCACUGGCGUCGAUUCGGAGGCGGCUCCCUCGGGGUCCGUGUCUGCAGGCAGCAAUGCAUGGGCCCUGCCGGCGCACAGCGACGCCAAGAUCAGUCUUGCCACGGUCCUGGCGGCCGGUGCUCGCCCCUUGGCCGACUCGCCGGUCCCGGUGGGCCCGGCGGGCCCCUCGGCCGGUCUGCCGGCGGCGCAUCCGCUCCCGCCACCGGCGCCGCUGCUGGCCAGGUCGCAAUCCGGGCCUCUCCUGCUGGGUCCGACGCCGGCGCUCGACAUGCCAGCCGCGGCCGGGAGCCGGAUCCGCGGCUCGGUCAGCCCGCCGGGGCUCGGGCUCAGCGCCCCCCCCGAGCCGAAGCCCUUUCUCUAUGGCAACAAGCAAAGCUCCUACCAUCCCCCGCCGAUGUCCAUCUACACGCGGAUGAACUCUCGCCGGGGGCCGGGCCCGCUGACCGGGCCCGGCGAUGUGUCCACCUUCGGGGCCCCCUCCCCGGGCUUUGGUGCGGGGCUGGGCUUCUCCGGGGCCACGCCGGCCUCGACCACCCCCUCCGCCGGGACGGCGGCCGUCUCCACCUUCGGGGCGUCCUCCUCGAUGGGCGUCACGGCGCCCGGCUCAUCUUCGGACUUGGGUCCCUUCUUCCCGCUCGGCGGCCCGGCCGGCAACCCCGGUGUCGGGAACAGUGGCCGCGUCUUUUCCGGCCCCUUUGCCGAAGGCCCGGCCACCAUCUUCCCGGCGCUUCCGCAUGCCGCAGCCCCGGCCGACCCGCCGGGCCAUGGCCGGCUGCCGGGCUCCGCCAGUGGCUUUCUCGGCCUGACCCUGGCCGGCGGGCCGGCCACGCCGGCCGGUGCCCCUCCCCUGCUGUCGCUGCAGCGCACCGCCGGCGGAGGGUCGCAUGACUUUGCGGACUUCGCCGGCUACUCCGGCUCCUCGGGUGCCCUGUGGCCCGGGCCGGCGGGUGUCGCCACGCCGGGUGGUCCUCGGCCGGCCGCUCCUCCCCAGGCCGGGGGCAUGCCACCCGGUGGGCAUUUCCCGGAGCACCUGGCCGCCAGCAUGAUGCACCCCUAUCAUGGGCAUCCGCACCACCCGUACCAGCAGUAUCAGCAGCACCAGCAGCUCCUCUCGGCGCACCAGACCUUCUUCUUCAUCCUCCGGCGCUUUUCCAGCCUCCUCCAGUCCCCGGCGCAGCGCAUGACCAGCGAGUUCAAGAUGGACUCCAGUGUAGUCAUCGGCUCUGGCGGCUUCGGCCGGGUCAUUCGAGCGGAGAAGAAGCUCGAUGGGCGCAUCUAUGCCCUGAAGCUGAUCCCCAUCUUCCAGGACAAUGCCGAAGAGGCCCUCCUCCGGUUGAUGGAUGAAGUUCGCAUUCUGGCCAAGUUGAAUCACCCCUUCAUCGUCCGGUACUUUGACUCGUGGUUCGACUAUGGCCCCACCGGCAUCAUCGAGUCUGGGUCCGACGGGUACGACGACGAGUACGACGACGAGUACGACGACGAGUAUGACGACGAGUACGACGACGAGUACGAUGACGAGGAUGAUGCAGACCACAGCAGCAGCUCCUCCUCCUCCGACCGCCUUGCCACCUAUUCCUCGGACUUCCUCUCCUUCGAUGGGAAUGGCAAUCGGCAGCCCCUCUUCCGACAGCAGCGCGCCCGGCCAUCCAUGGCGAAUGGGGAUGACUCCGAGGCGGGCGACGUGGCAUUCGGCUCCGCGCAAUAUGGCGACUCCUGCACCGACUCCGCCUCUGCCGACGCCUUCAGCCCAGAUGAUGAUGAUGAUGAUGGCGAUGGCGAUGACGACCAGGAGGACAGCGAGUCCGACGACCAUGCCGCCAGCUGGAGCGACGACGAGGCGGAUGACGAGUCCGGGAGCUCCUUCGGGGACCAUGACACGGCCAGCCACAACACCGACAGCGACGAUGGCCUCUUCGACGAUUCGGCCUCCGAUGACAAUGGCAUCCACUUUUCCCUGUCGCACACGCGGCUGUCCUCGCCGCCGCCGCCGCCGCCCCUUCGUCGCCGGGAGAUCCACACCCCCUUCCGUAGCCCGGUGCAUGGGCUCCCCCGGCGGGGCUGCCGAUCCAGCUCCUCCGACAGCGAGGCCGAUGGGGCCGGCACCCCGAUUGAGCCGACCUUCUACUCACUGUCCGAGGAUGCCCUGGUGGCGGCCGACUCCUCCGACCUGGCCACCAGCCUGGAUGUCGCCCCCAUGCUUCGGCAAGUCCGCGCCGGCGGUGCUGGCGGCGGCCUGUCCUCCGGCUGCUCCACCCCGGUCCCCGGGUCGCCCGUGCCGACGACCCUCGAGGAUGGCAGCUCCUCUUCCGGCUUCUCGGCCGCCUCCUCCUCCUCCUCCGAGGCGGAGGAGGACUCGGAGGAGCUGUUCCGCAGCCUGGCCUUCGGGCUGAUGCUGGAUACCGGCGCAACGACCACCUCCCUGGGUGGGCCCGCCGCCGGCGGGUCGCCGAGUCUCCUCGCGCCGGCCCCCACGACCGGCCCCCUGCGGUCGGCCCUGAGCGAGUCGCUGUCGCGUGAACGCCUGCGCGACGCCGCGGCCAGCCUCCCCCCCUGUCCCUUCACGGCCGGCUCGCCGGGACCCAAUGCCACGGGGUCCUGGCCGGCCUCCGGGUCGCCCUCGCCCCCCUCCGGGUCGCCGCCGCUGAAUGCCACGGCGGGUGGCUCAGCCGCCCGGGCCACCGGGCUGGCAAUGGCGCCGGCCGUCCUGGCGGUGGCCCCGCUGACCGCCUCGGCCGAGCCCGGCAGCCCGGUGCACCAGACGCCGGCCGGGUCGCCGUCGGGCUCGCGCUCGCACGACUCGCUCGGCUCGGUGGCCGAGCAGCCCGGGUCUCCCUCACGAGCGGCCGGCAUGGCAGCCGACCUGUCCUCGAUGUUGGUCCGGUCGGCCUCCCGGCAGCUGGCUCUGCUGCAGUCUUCGCUGCGGAGCUUGUCGGCCACGGUGUCGGGCGAGCCUUCCCCCGCCCCGUCGAACCCCGGGACUCCGCCACUGCCGGGGGCCACGGACUCCGGCGGGCCAUCGCCCUCCCUGCCAGGCGGCGGCCUGCCACGGCUUUCGGGCCAGGCCUCGGCCGGGCCCGGCUGCUCGCCGGUUUCCUCGCCGGAGUCCGGCUUCCCGCGGUCGGCCUCGCAGCCGGACGAUCUGGCCGCCCUGGCCGGGUCGGCCUCUCGGCCGAUUCCCAUCAUCCCCGCGGAGGGUCUGCACUCGCCGCCGGCCGAAUGCCCCGGCUCGGCGGCCGGGGCUUCCGACAGCCGGCUGGCCAUGGUCGAGUCGCCGGCCCUCUCGCCCGGGUCCCCGACGUCCGGCGUGUCGCGCGAUGCCCCGGCCGAGCGGGACACCCCGCCACGUUGGGGGCCCCUUCGCGGGGCCAGCGCCCCGGCCGCGGGGUUCAUUUCCACCUCGCUGCCGGUGGCAGGCCCGGCCGGUGUGCGGGAUCGCGUGCGCCCGGCGGACUUGGUGGCCGCGGCGCGGCUGGCCGCAGCCGGGGCCCCGGGCUCCCGUCGGCUGGAUGCCAUUGCCGAGGCGCCGGGCCCGGGCAUGGGCGGGCGCCCUGCCGGCGACCGUGCCGGUCCCCCUCCGGCCCCGCCGCCCCCCUCCUAUGAAGAGUCCUACAUCCAGCAGCAGCGCGCCCUGCGUGAGAAGCUGGCCGCCAGCCUGCUGGCCCAGUCGCCACCGGCCGCGGGUCCCGAGGCGGCGUCCGGCAUGGUGGACCCCCUGGACGCGGAGGCCGAUGGCGAGUCGCUGAUGUGGCACACCGGCCAGCCGCACCCCGGGGCCGAUGCCGAUUCCGACACCGACCAUGAGGAUGAGCUGAUCCCCUUCAAUGUGGUCCCUCGCGAGGGCCGCGCCGCCGGGGGGGGGCGGCCCUCCGCCUCGCGGGUUUCCGCCCUUGGGGCCGAUCCGCGGGCCGAUCCGGACUUUCACCUGCACUUCUAUGGCCCGGCGGCCGGGGCCGGGCCGCCUGCCUCGGGCGUCGGCCGGACCCCGGUGAUCCUCGGCGACCUGUCGCGCACGGAGUUCGACCCGCCAGCCAACGGCUCAUCGCUGUUCACCCCGCGCCCGAUGCGCAUUGUCUCCGGCCAUGCGGUAUACUCGCCCCCGGGCCCGGGCGGGGAUGCCAGCCAUGGGGACCCCUCGCACCGCGGGGCCCCGCUGGUCCAGCAUGAAUCCUUCCCGGUCUUGGUGACCCCCGGCGGCGGGGGCGACACGAUGUCCGGCCCGAUGGCGGCCGGGGCCCAUCCGCGCCCCUACCCCUCGCCCUAUGGGCCCUAUGGCCCGCAGUACUCGGCGGCAUACCCGCACCACCCGCACCACCACCCGCACCACCACUCGGCCUACCACCACCACCACCACCACCACUCGGCCUACCACCAUCAUCACCACCACCAGCCCGGCGACUUCCCGCGGUACAUUCCGCUGGACCGGUCGUACUCGGCCGUGGAGGCGCUCGACGAGUUUGAGGUGGCCUUCGCCGGGGGGGUGUUCUCCGAUGGCGACGCCCUGGAGCAGGAGUCCCGGGUGUUCCUGCUCAACUCCGACUCGGGGAUUUCCCUCAGUCCGCUGUCCUCCUCGCCCACCUGGUCGACGGCGUCCUCCUGCUCGUCGUCAUCGUCCUCCUGGACGUCGCCCGGGCUGCGGCCGACCGAUGUCGCUUCGUCCGGGGUUCUUGGCCUGGCGGCCGGGGGCGGCUUUGUUCCCGAACACCGGUCCGGGCGCCGGUCCAGCGCGCACAUCCUCCAGCGCGACGAGUUGGCCUUCCUGCCGUCGGCGACCCCCGAGUCGGAUGACGACUUUGGCCACCGGUCCGACGGCGAGCACCCGCCCCUGCCCCUCGGGGGGUCGGCGCCGCCCGUGUCGCAGCUCCAUGCCCGCAUGCCUCGCGGCUUGGGGGCCCUGCAUGUGCGUGGCUCCCCGCUGCCGCCGGCGGAGUCCCGCCGCCCGACCACCGACGAUGACCACACCGAUGACGAUGGCUCGGACGAUGAGCUGGCUGGAGGCGGCACCCCCGGCCACUCGCGCCACCGGCCGCUGCGGACCUCCCUCUCGGCGGCCACCCUGCCGCUGCCGGCCGACAGCCGGUCCGCCUCGCUCCUGGGCCUUGAUGUGCCGCCGGCCAUGCGCGGGCCGCGGUCUGCUGUUGGCGCGGUGGCUGCCAGUGCCGCUGCCGCGGCCCUGGCCACCGGCUCAUCGGCCCAUGGCCAUUCGCACUCGCUGCCCCUGCAGUGGAGCAGCCUGCCGCCCAGCUCGCAGCUGUCGCCGGCCUCGCCGCAGGCCGCCGACGAGCCGCCUGCCCACUCGCCGGUGCCGGUCGCCGUGUCGGAAUCUGCCCCGACCGCCAGCAGCCGGUCCCUGGCCGGGGUGACCCCGGGGGCCAGUGCUCCCGGCUCCAGCAGCGGUGGCCUCCCCCCGGGGCCGCCACCGGCCGGCAUCACCAGCCCCCGGCUGGGUUGCUCCAUCGAGAAGUCCAAGUCUCGGCUCAAGCGCCGGUCCUACACCGGCGGGCUGAGUUCCUCGCUGGACCUGUCGGCCGUGGCUCUGUCCCCGAGUAGCGGCAUCCCGCGGCAUGGUGGCACGGCAGCCGGGUCGGCUGCCUCCUCUUCGUGCGUCGGGGUGCCGGGCAAUGGCGAGGUCUCCCCGUCCGGGCUGUCGCCGGCGUCGGCGUCCUCUUCGCCGGCCUCCGGUGGGCUGUCGGUCGCGGGGGCGGCGGCCGCGGCCGCUGCGGCUGCCACCGCCGCUGCCGCGGCCGCUGCCGCCGACCGCCCGGCCUCCCGGCGGCCGGCCCGCCAGCAAUCGCAGCACCACCCCCGGGUGGACCCGGCCACGGUCGGUGCUCACCCGCACCACCGGCGCCGGGUCUCGCGGACCAUGUCCUUCGGGGCCUAUUCCGAGGCGCCGGCCGGCGGGGGGAACCCUGGCGACCGGGAGGCCGCGGACUCGGUGCUGACCGAGCUCCAAGCCGCGGCGCUCAUCCCCUCGGAACUGCGCUUCCCGCACCUGCCACUGCACUUGAAUCUGCCACUUCGGGAAUCGGCCGCCACCGGGGCCGCCUCUGCCACCGGCGGUGGCAGUCGCCCGCACGCCAGCAGCCCGGUGGACCUGGCCGCCGCGCGGCCGGCCCCGCCGCCGUCACCCUCCCCGCCGGCGUCGGUGGCCCUGCGCCGGGCAUCGGUGGCCCGUUCGGAUCUGCAUGCGCACGCUUCCAAGGUCCGCCGGCGUGGGGGUGUGGCAGAUGCGCCGGAGCUCCUGCUCCUGGCCCCCCAGCCACCGAGCAUCGGGCUGGCCGCCGGGGCCGGAGGCGUGCCGGCCCCGGUCCCCGGGCCGGGCGCCACGUGCACACAUUGCGGGGCCGCGGCCGCGGCACCUUCCCGAGCCCCGGUGGUGUCGCCGGCCCCGGUCCCGGCCCUGCCGGGGUCCGGUGGUGGCUCGAGCUUGGCCCUGCGCAUGCCCGGCUGGCCGACCGGCCCGGGGCCCAGCCUUUCGACCAGCCCCGCCCACAUGCGUGCGUCCCUGGGUGGCGCUGCGGCCCCGGCGACCGGGGCCGGCUCCUCAUCGAUGACCACUGGCACGAGCUCGGCCGCCGGGGGGGUGGCGGCCGCCGUGGCGGCCGCCGUCACCGACUCCAACUCCCAGGGGCUUUACCUGGUCAUCCAGAUGGAACUCUGCCAGGGCCACCUUGGCGAGUGGCUGAGCAUCCGCAGUGAGCGCCUGGCCGCAGCCCGGCGCCGGUUGCGUGAGCAGUCUUCCCCGCCGCUGGAGGGGGCCGCCCUGGCCGGGGCGGCCUUCCGCCAGGCAGGCUGCCCGGCCGCGGCGCUGGUCAUCUUCCACCAGGUGGUUGAUGCCCUGGUGCACAUCCACAAUUCCGGGCUCAUCCACCGGGACCUGAAGCCGCAGAAUGUCUUCUUCGAGUUCUCCGACUCCCCCGGGCGCUCUGACUCCUCCAGCACCGCGGGGGCUUCCGAUCACACCGAGGCCGGCUCCACGACCGGGGCCGAUGGUUGCUCCACCUCGGGGACCGAGUCCGACCGGAGUGGCUCCUCCCCCUCGGGCCUGAGCGGCUCCGACUCCAGCCAGCGGACCACCCUUCCCUACCACUCAGAUAGCUUCUGGGAGUCGGACUUCUCGCCGUGCGUGCGCAUCGGUGACUUUGGCCUCAGCGCCUCGGAGCAUAUCCGGGCAUCGAGUCGGCGCUCAUCCCACACCAAGGGUCUCGGCUCCGGGAAGCGUCGCCGCCAUACUGCCCGAAUUGGCACCCGUCCGUAUGUUGCCCCGGAGCAACUCAACUCCUCGGAGUACACCGCCAAGGUUGACAUUUACGCCUUGGGUGUCAUGCUGAUCGAGCUGCUCCACCCGAUGUCCACAACUUCGGAGUUGCUUCGCGUGCUGGAUGGACUUCGCCCGCGCGGGACCUCGGCCUCUGUGGCCGGCGCCACGACCGACCCCUUCCUCCAGCCUCUGUCCUACUUCCGCCCCCUGCUCCCGGAGGAGAUGAUCCAAAACUGGCCGCUCAAGGCCCUGCAACUGGCCGUGGCCAUGACCCUCCCGCAGCCCGAGCGCCGGCCCUCGGCCGAACGGGUGCACCAGGUGGCCUCGGAACUGCUGGCCGACUUCCACAUUGUCACGUCAGAUCGGUACCGGUUCCAGCGCUCGGUGCCGCCGGUGGCGCCGAUUGACACGGCCCCGCCGGCCGAGCCGCUCCCCGGGCCGACCCCCUCCACCCUCCCCACCUCGACGCCCACACCCACGCCCAUCGUCAAGCAUGCGCGGCCCUCGGCCUCCAAGGCUUCCCUGGCCACCGGGGCCCUGUGGGGCGCCCGGCCGCCGCAUCUCCCCCUUUCGACGUCGCUCCUGCCGCCCUCGGCCUCGACCGACAGCCUGGUGACCCCGACCCUGGGCGGAAAUGCCGGGCCGGGCGCCACCAACCUGGUGGACAUCCAGGCGGACUUGCAGCUCUUCGAUGGGUUGCUCCACUCGGUCCCUGGUACUCGCGAGUCCAGUCGCACGGUUUCCCCCUCCGUUUCCUCCACCAACCUCAGUGGCCUGGUCCUUCCGCCCUUCACCCCGGUGGCCGGCGGCAAGCGCCUUCCUCGGCUGCACCAUCUGACGCCCAGCCGCGCCGGUGGGCCGGGCCACGGUGCCGCCGCCAGCCGCUGGGCCGGGAGCUCUUCUGGCAGCCUGCACCAGCGUAGUGCCAGCACCGCCGCCGGGUCCAGUCGCUCCUCCGACCACCUGCACCACCGGCGGACACACUCGAUUGAGAUCCCCGGCGGGGGGGGGGGCCAUUCGGCUGGCGGCGUGCCGCCGCUCAUGCCCUCCUACAGCAUGUCGGCCCUGCCGUUGGCUCGGACCCCCGGUGGUGCCCGCUCGCGCCAGCACGCCGGGCUUGUCUCUUCCUCGUCCUCCCCCUCGGCCUCGGUCACCAACACCCCUGGUGGCGGCGGGCCUCGGGGCCAUCUGGGCGGCCAUGCCGCCCGGGCUUCCUCCCCCUCAGGCGGAGAUCGCCUCUGUGGCACCGACGAUGAGGAGGACGAUGUCCUCACCGGCUCGGCCUCCUCGCCGGCGCUGCUGCAUGACCUCCUCACUCGCACGGCCGAUGGACCAUUGAUUCCCGGCUCCGGGGCCGGCGCCCUGCGCGUCAAAAACUUCUCCGAGGACUCGCUCCUAUCGGCCACCGAUCUGACGGCCACCGCUCCGGCGAUGCUCAUCACCUCAACCGGCCGGGGCGGCGUGCGGACACCCGAUCCGCUGGACUCGCGGGACCUCCUCCUGAUGGAAAAGGAUCGCGAGAUCCAGGCCCUGCAGGCCGAGGUCGCCCAGCUUCGCGCCCUGCUGCUCCAGCAGCAGCAGCAGCAGCAGCAACAAUAG